CCGUCGCCGCUCAGUACUGUGUGAUAGUCAAGUUUUGCAGUGCGGGUGCGAAAUGGAUGCAAACGCUGUGGUGGCCCUUUGUGGGGGUUUCGUUUGUUUGGAGGAGAAAAAACGCAAGGUACGUAAAAUAUGGUGCAAGAAUUGGCUUAAAAAUAGGAACCAGUUUAGCCACAUGUCACUGUUGCAAGAAUUAGCAUCAAAUGAACCAAAUGAUUAUAAAAAUUACCUGAGGAUGACUGAAGAUUGUUUCGAAGACAUUCUUAGACGUAUUUCUCCAGAUAUUGUGAAACAGAAUAGUAUUUUGAGGGAGCCGAUCAGCUGUAAAGAGCGCCUUGCAGCGACACUUCAGUUUUUAGCAAGUGGCAGAACCUAUGAAAACCUAAAGUUUAGCUGCGCCAUUUCGCCUCAGUCGCUGGGAAAAAUCAUACCAGAAACCUGCACUGCAAUUUAUAAUGCUCUACGUGAGGAAUACCUGCACUUGCCUGAGAAUGAAAGCGACUGGAUGAAUAUUGCUACAGAUUUUAAAAAAUACUGGCAAGUAGAAAACUGCGUGGGGGCUCUUGAUGGAAAGCAUAUUGCCAUCCUUCAACCUCCUGGAAGUGGUUCGUAUUUCUUCAAUUACAAAGGUUUCUUCAGCGUUGUAUUAUUGGCUGUGGUAAACGCAAACUAUGAAUUUAUGUACGUAAAUUGUGGAGUGAAUGGACGGGUGUCUGACGGGGGAGUUCUCUUUGAAACCGAUUUUGGGCAACAGUUGGAAAACGGCCAGUUGAAUUUGCCAUCACCAACGACCUUUCCAAACAACAGAGAUGUAUGUUUACCUUUUGUUUUUUUGGGAGAUGAAGCUUUCCCCUUAAAAGAAAACCUAAUGAAGCCAUACACUAAUAAGGGAAUCACCCACGAUGAAAGGAUUUUCAACUAUCGUAUUUGCCGUGGAAGAAGAGUUGUUGAAAAUGCCUUCGGCAUUUUAGCAAAUAGGUUCCAAGUAUUGCAAACAACAAUCAGGACGAGCUUGGAAACCACUGAAGUUAUUAUUUUAGCUUGCUGCGCACUCCACAAUUAUUUACGAAGGAAAAGCUCAACUUAUUUGACGCCUAGUUCGGUAGACUGGGAAAACACGGAAACUGCAGUUCUCACUGAAGGCGAAUGGAGGAAGAAUGUUCGCCAACUUUUAGGCAUGAAGCAACGCAAUCGGUCCGGGAAAGAAACAUCACUGGCUGAACCAAUCCGAAAAUACUACAGGGACUUCUACAACAACGAGGGACAAGUAGAGUUUCAAGAGCGCAUGAUAAAUCGCCGCUAAUGUUAUACAUUCUAAAAUAAACAACAGAUGGGCGUAAUGUAUAUGUUGUAGCCAAGGGUAACCCAAUGCAUUACCUCUUUAAUGGUCCACUGUAAAUAAUUGAAAUGGAAAAUAAUGACGAUGUGCUUUGCUUUUAAUAUGUGUUUAACUAUAAAUAUAUGCACAUUUUACUACAGUUGGUUGUACUUUCUUGGUAAGUAUAUGUUUCAGUUUUUGUUUGUAAAAUUAUUUGAGUCAAAUCUGACAUUGUCAAUAAAAUAAUAAAGUAGUUCAAAUGUUA